CUCCCCUCCGCAUGACACAUGAUGGGUGACAUAUUUCCAAAAUUGCUGCAUGGCCGCAGGUCAAAAUACAUUUCUGCUAAUGGUUUAAAUAUCACAGACAGUGUCUGAUGUGUUUCAUGUUUAUAUUUUAUAAAAUGAGUCGUUUCCAUACAGUUCAAUCUGAUAAACCACUAUUGGAUUCUGAACAUAUCAUUUUUUUCCCUCCCAAACGUUUAGCAUUUGUGUUUUUAGCGUUUUAGGUGGUGAACACAAUGAAGCGUGAGGGCCUCAAAGCCCUACAAACGUUUGUAUUUGAGACUGCACUAGGGCUGAAAGAUUUGGGAAAAUACCGGUAAUCGAAUUGCGACUAUUUAACCAAUAUUGCGAUUGCGAUGUAAUAUGCGAUUUAUUUUUUAAAUGUUUUAGGUUCCUUAUGUUCUGUAUUAUUCACAAAAAAUGCAAUAAAUCAUUCUUGAGUAUGACCAACACAACAUUGGAGGCAGUCACCAUAUAAACUGCUUUUUCCUUUAGGCCAGGCCCAUGUGUUGAGAUUAAUAGAUUUUUUUUUUUUCUUUAUUUAACUAUUGAAUUGUAAAAUAAAUAUAAAUCUUACUGACCUCCAGUCAGCAACAAAUCACACAAAAAAAUUAUAUAUAUAUAUAUUUGGAAAAUAUACGUUUUUUUUUCCUUUCAAUCGCAGCCUUUGCGAUUGCAUAUCGCGUUCUAUUCGUUCUAUUCUAUACAUCGCAAUUGAAUUUGAUUAAUCAUUCAGCCCUAGACUGCACCGAGUAGCCUUGGAAGUGGUGUUCAUCAGCUGUCCUUAAGCAGGUUGUUUAAACAUAACCUAAUAUGUAUGCAGUGUAAAACAAAACGAGACUCAUAAUCAUUUAUGAUUUAUAUCGCAGGCAAGUACGUGUUCAGAGGAUGGGCAGCAGUCACUGUGCAUUUGUUAAAUAAAGAUAAAGACACGCAACUUUCUUCAAUCCAUUGGUUAUACGUUGAUGUUCAGUUUCGGAUUGCAAAGUUUCGAUCCCAUGAUCGAAACUUUGGUCAAACCUCGCAAAUGUGUUGUAUAUUAAUCGCCUAUGUAUGUAUUAGUUCCUGUUUGCCAGCCGGUGUGGUUGGCAGCCUUGUAUGCCAUGCUGACUUCCUGCUGCGCAGGCCACACAGAAAGUCCCCCAGUGAAUCAAAUAGAUUCAGCGUUGUGAUAAUAACCAGGCAGCGUGUGAUUACACCCCCGCAGGACACGGAUAUGGUUGACACACUGUCAACGCUACACAGGGAUAUGAACACCACGUGAAGAGUUUAUGUCUUCAAAUGAUCACUGUGAUUGAGUGUCUUUCAAUGCUCACCUGCAAACCGUCCAAUGGUCAAAACACUUUGGACUUUGAUGUUUAAAGUCGAGGCUAUUUUGACAGUCCGCACUAUUUGUGCCAGUAGAUACUAUCCAUUCUUCUAUUCUUGUCGUAGUUCCCCUAUUCAACCAGAGAUUUAUUUAUUUUUUUACGAUUUUUGAGUGCUGAUAUGAUUCUGUAAAUAUUGCGGGACGAUGUACAAUAAGUAGUGUGGUUUACGGUUGGGGUAGAUGGUUCUAUAGGUCUGUAACCAUCCCAGGCUGCACUAAUUUGAGUUAGACACUUGGGUCCUGGGUCGUUUACUGAUCCGGGCCUGAUAAGUGAUUCAUCCUACGAACGCUCCACAGCAUACCCUAACGCAAAUCUUUUCCUCCCCAAGAUUGACUUGGUUAACUCGCCUGACCAAACGCACCACAGCGUUGUUGUUAAUUACAUUUUUACCACCUGAUGAGUUUAAGCAUACUCUAUUCUUGGACAGGGUAUGCUACCAGGCCCCUCUUUCAUACAUUCCUGAGAUACACACUCUCCCACACACAAUUAAUCAUACAAACACCAAGUUGUCCUCACGAGGAAGGUCCACAACAACUAGGCCGGGGAAAAUCAAGGAGGCAAAAGGACAUGUGCUGAACAUGCAUGUUUCUUUCAAUCCAAUUUGAGAAACGACAGUGUUCCUUGUUUACCUCCCAAUUUGACUGCUUACCGCAGUUACUACAUUUAUUUUAAAAAUUAAGUUUGAACUAGAAAUUAACGCUUAUGUUGUGAAAGGUUUCCGACUUAAAUGGUUUAUGUUGUACUAGUGCAAUAUCACUUGUAUACUUAUAACCCAUUUGGCCGGCCAGUUUAAGCACUUAAAGCCCUUUAGCUCUGAUGUACUCUUUGCGUAGUUAGUACAGUACAGUUAGGCUUUGUAGGGCAGUAUAGUGGGGGGUCAUUACACAGUCCUGUGACCAUCAUGUUUGUAAAAGCCCCUCCCUCCCUCUCGGACCUCUCACUCUACUCUACUUGUAUGUUUUAAUUUGUUAACCUCAAUGUUGUGGGUUCAUCCAUGUGGUCAUCUUUUUUUGUUGAUUCUUAUACUUCGUAUUUGCGCUUUUAUUUACAGACGAUUUGAAAUGUUACUUUAUUUAGAAUUGGUGUUUGUCACCUGGGCAAACUACCUCAAAUAAAUGUUAUAGUUUAAAGAUAAUUUAACCUCAUACAUAUGUUUAUUAUCAUGCCUGUAUUAUAUCUGUUAAAGUUGAGUUAAGUUAAUACGGAGACAAUCCAUUUUUAAGUCUAUACAGUUUGAGUUACUUUUUGAAAGCUUGCUCAAAGAGAUUCGAAUUAACGACUCAAAUGCUGCCAUCAAAGUUUUUUUAAGGUUCAGAAAGUUUGGAAAGUUAUAGAAGCAAAGCUCUGGUGACGCAGGCUGAUUUUCCAGUCUGUACAAAGUUGUUGUUUUUUUCAGCCGUCUGCCACCGGCUUGGUUGAUCAAACCUGAUGAAAACAGGAUCAGAACCACCUGAUCCCUACUGGGACUGGAGAGUCCCAGGAGAGAUCUGACCCAGCCAGUGAACCAAACACAACGGCGGUCAAAAAGUCUGCCAGUCCCAACCAUAGUUGCAGCAUCCCCUUGAGUGAAAUCUCUCAUGCGGUUUGAUGCAACGUUAAAGCAGAAAUCCGGUGUUAAUUGUAUCUGGGAUAUGUUUAAUAUGAUAACGAGUUGGGAUGUUUGUUUGGAGGCAAAAAGGCGCAUGUAGUCGCAUUCUUGAGUUGGCUGUUUUUAAACGAUUCUACCAAAACGCUAUAAACCUGGAAUGAUGGGGGCAUGUGUUACAAAAUCGCUACUGAUGGUAUUGUGUGUAUAAAAUGUCCAUUUUAAUAAAUAAAAAAACGGUACUUAUAAAGUUAUAAAUGCCUCUUUUUAUAUGUUAAGACCCUUAUUGUACCAUCAAAGAAGUGUUGGGCUACUUCUAGACUUUUAAGUGGUUUAAAAUAGCGAUUUAGUUUUUACCAUAACACAUGCCCCCAUCGUUACAAGUUUAAAGCGUUUUUGUAGAAUCUGCUAAAAACAGCCAACUUAGAAUGCGUCUUGCGCUUUUUUGCUCAAACUAACAUUCCAACUCGUUAUCAUACUAAACAUAUCCCAGAUCCAUUUUAAACUGUAUUUCUCCUUUAACGUACAGGUUAGGUAACGUUGCUCCAUUGAGGACUGAUGGUAGGCUUCAAGGCGUCAAUUCAAAUCAAUAUUGUCAAAUUCCGGUCAAGGUUUCCAUGUUAUUGUGAUGGAAAGGCUGAUCGAGUUUGCCUAUACUGCCAGCAUCUCUGUGGGGGAGAAGUGUGUGAUCCACAUCAUGAACGGUGCGGUCAUGUACCAGAUCGACAGCGUGGUCAAGGCCUGCUGCGACUUCCUGGUGCAGCAGCUGGACCCCAGCAACGCCAUCGGCAUCGCCAACUUUGCCGAGCAGAUCAGCUGCACGGAGCUGCACCAGAAGGCCAGGGAGUACAUCUAUAUGAAUUUCAGCCAGGUGGCCACCCAGGAGGAGUUCUUCAACCUGUCCCACUGCCAGCUGGUCACCCUCAUCAGCCGGGACGAGCUCAACGUGCGCUGCGAGUCGGAGGUGUUCCACGCGUGCGUGGCGUGGGUGCGCUAUGACCAGGAGAACCGCCGGCCCUACGUGCAGGCCCUGCUGCAGGCCGUGCGCUGCCACUCCCUCACCCCCAACUUCCUGCAGACCCAGCUGCAGUCCCUGGACUGGGACUGGGACCCGCAGUGCAAGGACUACCUGGCCCAGAUCUUUCAGGACCUCACCCUCCACAAGCCCACCAAGCUCAACUCCUGCCGGACCCCCAAGGUGCCGCAGCUCAUCUACACGGCGGGGGGCUACUUCAGGCAGUCGCUCAGCUACCUGGAGGCGUACAACCCCUGCACGGGGGCGUGGCUGCGGCUGGCGGACCUGCAGGUGCCCCGCAGCGGGCUGGCGGCGUGCGUCAUCAGCGGGCUGUUCUACGCCGUGGGCGGCCGGAACAACGCGCCCGACGGCAACAUGGACUCCAACACGCUGGACUGCUACAACCCCAUGAACAACUGCUGGCUGCCCUGUGCGCCCAUGAGCGUGCCCCGCAACCGCAUCGGCGUGGGCGUGAUCGACGGGCUGAUCUACGCCGUGGGCGGGUCCCACGGCUGCAUCCACCACAACAGCGUGGAGAGGUAUGACCCUGAGAGGGACCAGUGGCAGCUGGUGGCACCGAUGAUGUCGCGGCGCAUCGGGGUGGGCGUCACGGUCAUCAACAGGCUGCUGUACGCCGUCGGGGGCUUCGACGGCACCCACCGCCUCAGCUCCUCAGAGUGCUACGACCCCGACCGGGACGAGUGGAGUCCCAUGUCCUCGAUGCACACGGUCCGCUCCGGAGCAGGUGUGUGCGCGCUGGGCAACCGCAUCUACGUGAUGGGCGGCUACGACGGCACCAACCAGCUGAACACGGUGGAGUGCUACGAGGUGGAGACGGACAGCUGGAGCCUCGCUGCGUCCAUGAGGCACCGACGUAGCGCGCUCGGGGUCACCGCGCACCACGGACGCAUCUACGUCCUGGGCGGCUACGACGGCAACACGUUCCUGGACAGCGUGGAGCGCUACGACCCUGAGACGGACUCUUGGUCCGAGGUCACCCUAAUGACCUCCGGGCGCAGCGGGGUGGGUGUGGCCGUCACCAUGGAGCCCUGCCAGAAGGACCUCCAGACGUGUCCGCGAGCGGAGCGUGACGGGGGCUCGGCGUCCCCGCCCGUUCACCACCCCCCCUCCUCCUCCUCCUCUUCUUCCGCCUCCUCCACGUCGUCCUCUUCCUCCCAGAGACACAGCGACCUCCCUGAGAGGAACACGUGAGGGCAGGGGGGGGCGGUCUUCUCCUGGAGCUCCUGUCUCAUCUCUUUCUCAGUCUUCCUCCACCAAAAACCUGCAAAAAACAAACAAUCACAGAUGUGCUGGAUCGGCCUCCUCACCUUUAAUCUGGGUGAGGAUUUACAGUAAAAAAAGAUUCUAUACAGUGUCUCUUUGUUUAGUUUUUUGGACCAAUUUGUCAUUUAAUGGUAAACAGUUCAGUGGGAAUCGGCCACAGAACAAUUUGUGUGUGUGUGUGCGUGUGUGUGUGAUUGGACCAAUGACUCCCCUGUUUUACCUAAUGGGAGAGAGGGCUGUGUGCUCUGAAGGGCCAUUCAUUGGCUCAGGGCUGCACCAACAGCCAAGAAUUCAUUUUAUAUUUCACAACCAGCUGUGCGUAAAAACCAAAAUACAUGGAGGAAAACUAUUUCAUAAAAUCUAUUAUUUAUAAGGAGGGUGAGAUGGGGGAUCCAUGAUAUCAUUAAGUUAGUAUCAGACAGCACAAAGCCGUUUUCCACGGCUGUAGGCUUCACUAGUCUUCAGAUUUUGUUUCUUUGGGGUGCCGGACUUGGAUCCUGCCUGGAACCCUGUAUUCUGAUUAGUGGAAAAACAGUGUACGAAAAUCCUAAAUCUCUGGCCCUAUCAAAAUGACGUCACAGGCUUUUUUUAAGCAAAAGGAAAUCUGUUGCGUUUUUUUCAAAGUUUUGCAUCCACACGCCAAGGUUUUCAAACUAUCCUCGUCAACAAGGAAACGCAACAAUUACAAUUAGGGCAUUUGGCAGACGCUUUUAUCCAAAGCGACUUACAUCGGUUAAUACACACCGACAGCAGAGUCAACCAUGCAAGGCGACAGCCAGCUCGUCAGGAGCAGUUAGGGUUAAGUGUCUUGCUCAGGGACACAUCAACAAUCAGUUAGGAGGAGCUGGGGAUUGAACUAGCAACCUCUCGGUUACAAGCAACGAGAUUGCAACGAGUGAAAGGGUGUAGUAAAUAUUUCAGGCAAGUAGUUGGCGGUGUAACCUUUCUACUUAGAUAUGCAAAAAAACGUCCACAAGCCUGUUUUAAACGGCUUUCUACCCCAACGUACCGUCAUGGUUUGCUAUAAGCUACGUUUUCGCCCCACGGCUGCGUUUUAAAAAAGCUUAACUCUGGAAGACUGAUUUCAGGCAUAAAAACCCUCUUAUGUCAGGGGGUUUUUGGAUGCAAGGCAAACCCGCAGCAUAACUUCUUUGUUUUUAAAAACCUCUGGCGUCGUAUGGAUGGGCCUUAAAACAAAUCUAACAUGACAAAUACAAAUCACAGGAUUGGACGUGAAUCAAGGGAAAUAGAAAUAGCCCAACUCAUAAAUUGAUAAUGGAGUUGUUGGUCUAUUCUAAAAUACUGUACGUUUUGUUGGUUGUUUAAUUUGGAAUCUGUAGUGGGGAAAUAAUGUAGCAUUUGGUUCACAGGACACCUUUUCCAGACAACAAGAGAACCAAUAAUUAUAGAUUCUGGACAAGGUGAAUCCCACCACAUCUGGACCCAGAACGGAAACUAUGGGACACUUUUGUUAGCCAAACCUCAGAAGCUCAACACGUUAUGUAGUCUGAAAUUAAAAUUGUGGGAAAUAAAACUUGUAACAGCAUUUAAGCUACAAAAAGUUUAUAAUAAAUGUUUUUGUACAUUGAUUUUCAGUCUUCUACACAAUUUAGGUUGCGAUUUUGUUUUAAUUUAUUUGUUCUGACUCUUUGAUUAUUCUUGACCUAAACUGACAACUUUGUAUUGAGUAGGAACGCAGUUUCGUUCAAACUAACUAGCAUGUGUUAUAACUACCAGGAAGGUCUGUGAUAAGAGUUUUAAACAUUUGUAAAAAACGUUGUUUGAUUUGAAAGGGAUUUUCUUUUCCCGUGUCAGUAGUUGGAAUGAAAGAACACAAUAUUUAAUGUCUGCUUUGUACAUUUUUCAGCAAACCAUUCUCUGUAAUAAAAAAAGUACAUCGUGGAA